AAAUAUAUAUGUGCAUAUAAAAACAUAUAUAAAAAUAUUGAAUAAAAACCAUCACACACUGCCAUUGGAAACUUGCUCAACUGAAUUCCAAUCGAAUCCUAAGAAAAACGACCAGAAAAAUGCCACGCAACGCACGUCGCAAGAGGGUAGAGAAACGUAAUAAUGCUUCAGGCGAUGCAGCAGAACCGACCAAAGGAGCUGGAGCUGGAGCUGAUGGCAACAACAACAACAGCAGCAGCAGCAGCUUGGCCAAUGUCAAAUCCCAGGAGGAUCUAGACGAGGAGAUUGAAAGCGGCAGCGGCGGCGGUGGCGGUGACCAUCCGCGAAACAAUACGAAAUCAUCGAAUGGACGUAAUCACAACGGUGGCAAUGGCCUGAGCACAUCGUCCCGCAAGGUGAAUGCCCCCUCACGGGCCGAUCCCAUUAUGCUGGCACUCACUGGCAACGCUUUGCGCAUGAGUGACGUCCAAUUGCUGCACGGUCCGCACUGGCUGAACGAGGCGGUGAUUAAUUUCUAUUUCACCUAUCUGGAAGAGGUCAAGUACAAGGCCAAUGACGAUUUCCUGUUCAUCACACCGGAAAUGACGCAAUGCAUGCUCUAUAUGGAUGACAAGGAAUUGCAAUCGAUAUUGAUUGGCCAGUAUAAUGCAGGACGUAAACCAUUCAUAUUCUUUGUCCUAUCCGAUAGUCGUUCCACCGAGCUGGGCGGCUGCCAUUGGGCAUUGUUGGUCGCCUCAAGGCCAGAUAAUGCCUUCUUUCAUUUGGAUUCGUAUGGUGGCAGCAAUACCGUAAGCUCCCUGGAACUGGUGACCAAUAUCAAGGAUGUGCUAAAAAUGCGGCAGGCGCGUUUCCGUAAUGUACGCUGUCUACAGCAGAGCAAUGGCUACGAUUGCGGCAUCCAUGUCAUUUGCAUGGCCGAUCAAAUUGCCGACUAUGUCAAUCGCUAUGAGAGUGUAGAUGGUGUGCCGCCGCUGCAAUUGGAUGUGGUCAAGGCUAAACGUUCGGAGCUAAUUAAAUUGGUCGCUUCGCUGAGUGGACAUGUCUAAAUGGAAGCCUCAUGAACCUCUUUAUAUACACUUUAUAUACACACGCACACAGCUAUACACACACACACACACACACACACACCUUAAACACACAUGCAAACAAACCAAUAAAUGUAACAUUUGAAAGUAAGGCAAACAAAAAAGAAAAAAACGCAUUUUCCGCCUUCACAAUUUCCUGUAAAUCCCACAUUACCCAAGAAAAAAUGGAUCACACCACUUUUUUUCUGUCAUACUUAUUUAUAUUUUGGAAAAUGCGUUUAUUUUCGUGCUGAACCCACAUAAUGGGCUAUGAUGUUUGAGAAAGAUUUUAAAAAAUUGCAAGCAAUUAAAUUUCAU